CUUGAUUUUAGAAGGGGUCACGGUCAACCCAUGGAUCAGAGGCUCAAAUGACACCUCUAUACAUAGGAAUGUAAUGCAAAUGUCAAUUGGAGUGGUUCGUGCGAAAGAGUGUUAAUGGCCGUCGCAAUCCAGAAACUCAAAAUCCCUUCUAUUUUCUCUGUAAUCGCCAAACUCUCAUAUUCGAGAUCACCCCAUAACAAUCUUCAUUAUGAUUCUUCUGUGGCCGACAACCUCGUCUCCGUCUUCACCCAACAACCCAACGCCGCCGGGCCCGAACUCAACCUCUUCGCUCCCAUCCUCACGCCUCCCCUUGUCGAGUCCGUUCUCACGCGCCUCCCCACUUGGAAACUCGCCCUCUCCUUCUUCCAGUGGGCCUCCGAUCAACACCAGUAUGGCUACCGCCAUAAUUGUUACACCUACAAUACCAUCGCCUCUAUCUUCUCCCGCUCCCGCCAAACCACCCAUCUCAAAACGGUCGUCAAACAGCUCGUGGAGUCCGCUCCUUGUUCCUUCACGCCCGGUGCCUUGGGCUUCCUCAUUCGGUGUUUGGGCGAAGUGGGCCUUGCACAGGAGGCCCACCACCUGUUCGAUGAAAUGCGGGUGAAGGGUCUUUGUGUUCCCAAUGUUUACUGCUACAACUGCUUGUUGGAGGCUCUGUCCAAGGCCGGGGAGGUUGAUUUGGUGGAGGCUAGGUUGGAGGAGAUGAAGGGGUUUGGAUGGGAAUUUGAUAAGUUCACGCUGACGCCUGUCGUGCAAGCUUAUUGCAAAGCUCGCAGGUUUGAUCAGGCUCUGAGGGUUUAUGAUGGGAUGAAGGAAAAGGGUUUGAUUGAUGCGCGUGUUUGCUCUGUGCUGGCAUUGUCGUUUUCCAAGUGGGGGGAUGUGGAUAAAGCGUUUGAGUUGGUGGAGAGGAUGGAUGGACAGGGGAUGAGGCUAAGUGAGAAGACUUUCUGUGUUUUGAUUCAUGGGUUUGUCAAGGAGGAUCGGGUUGAUAGGGCCCUUCAGUUGUUUGAGAAAAUGUGUCGGGUUGGCUUCACUCCUCCUGUUUCAUUAUUUGAUGUUCUCAUUGGAGGACUGUGUAAGAGUAAUGAUGCUCAGAGAGCUCUGAGCUUGCUUUCGGAGAUGAAGCAGUUUGGGGUUGCCCCAGAUAUUGGAAUCUUUACGAAGUUGAUAUCGGCUUUUCCAGACAGAAGUGUGAUUACCAAGUUGCUGGAAGAGGUUCUGGAAGAUAAAGAGGAGAAAAUUCUCGUUUUGAUUUACAAUGCUGUUUUGACUUGUUAUGUUAAUGAGGGACAGGUGGAUGAAGCCUGCCGCCUUCUUCAGAUGAUGAUUCAGAGCAAAUUCACUGAUGUCCAGAUGGAUGAUUUCUUCAAGGACAAGAGAUUGGUUUUCCCAAAUGCCGCUUCCUUUAGCAUCGUGAUUGAUGGCUUACUCACAAAUGGUCAGUUGGACCUCGCUCUAAGUCUUUUCAAUGACCUUAAACAAUUUGUUGGUUGGCCAAGCGUUUUGAUUUACAACAAUCUGAUCAAUGGUCUCUGCGAUUAUGAUAGAUUGGACGAGAGCCGUGAGCUGUUGAGAGACAUGAAAGAAUCAGAAAUUGAACCAACUCAUUUCACUUACAACUCAAUUUAUGGAUGCCUGUGUAAAAGAAAAGAUGUCGUAGGAGCUAUCGAUAUGUUGAAAGUGAUGCGUGCUUGUGGGCAUGAACCGUGGAUAAAAAAUUCCACCCUUCUUGUGAAAGAACUGUGUGAUCGUGGCCGGGCUGUAGAAGCAUGCGAUUUUCUUGACAGCAUGGUUCAGCUAGGUUUCCUUCCUGACAUAGUUUCCUAUUCUGCAGCAAUGGGGGGUUUGAUCAAGAUUCAAGAAGUGGACCGAGCAUUGAACUUGCUCAGGGAUUUGUGUUCUCGUGGCCAUUGUCCUGAUGUGGUGGCUUUUAACAUAGUGAUCAGAGGGCUCUGCAAGGUCAACCGAGUUGCAGAAGCUGAAAAAUUGUUGGAUGAGAUUGUUGUAAAGGGCCUCUGUCCCUCAGUUGUGACUUACAGUCUGCUUAUAGAUAGUUGGUGCAAAAGUGGUUCUGUUGAUAGGGCGAUGUCUCUUCUGUCGAAAAUGUCUGAAGAAGACAGGGAGCCCAAUGUCGUCACUUACUCAACUUUGGUGGAUGGGUUUUGCAGAGAAGAAAGGCCUGAUGAUGCACUCUUGGUUUGGAAAGAGAUGGAAAGAAAAGGUUGUUCUCCUAAUCGAGUUGCUUUUAUGGCACUUAUUUAUGGUCUUUGCAUUUGCAAGAGGCCAUCUGCUGCACUCCAUUAUUUACGCGAGAUGGAACUGAAAGAAAUGAAGCCCGACUCGUUCAUUUAUAUUGCAUUGCUCAGUGCUUUUCUGUCUGAUAUGGACUUGGCCUCUGCAUUUGAGAUUUUUAAGGAGAUGGUUUAUUCAGGAUUUUUCCCAGAAUCCCAUGAUAAAAGUUACCCCGUUGUGAUGGAUGCAAUAGACAAAUUUUCCAAGGAUCACAGAACAUCCUCUGGUAUGAAAGUUUUAAGUGAAGAGGGCAAACUUCCUACGCAUUGCUUGAUAAACGUCGGAUUAUAAAGGUUAAUCAAAUUGUUUAUGCCACUGCCAAAGGAAUGUUACAUCGGACAAGUAAAAAUUGAAGCAUUUGAAAAGAAACAAAUGUACACAAAAAGAAAGGAAAAUUUUGGAAAUGCAAAUUGGGACAUUUGGAAGAAUAUUCAUCUGCACACUGUGCCAUUUCACUUGGAAGAGGCUACACUUGAUUCAAUUAUUUUUAGAAAAAGAUGUGCUAAUCCGUUUUGGAGGAAGGAGUUUAAUUUUUCUAUUGGACUUCUUUGGCUACGGUUUCAUCUACACAAAGGCAGCAGCUCCACUCAUUCCAUUAUUUAUUCUAGGGCCCGUUGGAAAUUUCAUUUUGGGAAAGAAUAAGUUGGAAGUCUGGUAUGCACGGCUGAAAAUGGGAUGUGGACAAUCCACGUUGGAAUUCACGGCCACAUUUAGUGGAAAUUUACGUUGGGAAGUUGUUUCCCUUACCAUGUCACAGUUACAUAUCCUAGGCCCAUGGACAAGUUAUUUUGAUGAAACAUUCAGCAAAAUAUCUUUUUGAAUGUGGGAGCCGCCACACCUUUGGCUUGCAACGUGAAUUAUAAUUGAAUUGGCAAUUGGGAAAAGCAACCAAAGAAGCCCACGGCCAUUCAUCUUAUUCAGCCUUAGUUGGAAUGGAAGACAAGGGCCCACAUUGAAGCACACGGCCCACACUUGGAAGUAGCACAGCAACACCACACAGUUUUCGGUCCAGCAAAAAGAAGUGGCAGAAAAGAAAAGGAAGCUUUCAUUUUUGGAGAGGGGUGCACACGGGAUUCCAGCAUUCCAGCACACAGCCACGUCCCAUCCAGCAAGCGGUAAUUAGGAAAAGAAGCUUUGAAGUCCAGUAGCAUCCAGAAGCACAUGGUCCAACACGUAAUGGGGGUGUCUAGGCUUGGAGCUGGAGGUGACGUCUAGCAAGAGGGAGCUCUCGGAUCCAGCAUUCCAGCUUGGAAGCACGGAGGUAAGCAAGUCCAGCUUGGGGGAGAAAUAAGCAGCUACCGAGAGAAGCCGCCACUCUCUGGUUUUUGGGGGGUUUUUCGUCCAGGAGGAGAGUAGCCACCACCGAAAAGGAGAGUAGAGUUGGAGAGAUGGAAGGUUACGGCAGAAGAAGCCUGCACCGUCCAUUCCAGAAAAACUCACGGUCUUGCUGCACAGAGGAAAAACAAUCCAGCUCUUCACGCUACAGCUCACUGCCACACAUGAAGAAGCAAGCAAAGAAUGCAGCUCCCAUCUAGCACAUCUGGCAGCAACGUCCAAAUCCAGCAAGCUUGAAGAGAAGAGUGUCACGGUCCUGGUCCAGUGUUGGAAACGGAAGAGAAGAUGGAAGCUUGUAGAGGAGUAGGAGUAGGGUAGAGGCUUCCUAGUUUUCGGCUCUGUGUAAUUUUUCCCCCUCCCCCUUGGGGAGGUUUGGGGUUUCUUUCCCAUUUCCAGUGAUCAAUAUGAUGUGAUGUUAGUAUAAUUUCUUGUUUUCUGUAAUAAA